AUGAACAGUCUAGACAGUUCUGGCACGUUGGCGGCUGAUUGCACCUUGGCUUGUCGAGCAAACAACGAAUUAUCGGAUACAUCUUCAUCACUUCCGGUCGUUAUUUUUACUCCUUCUAUGGUCUCUGAACCCGAAGCCAUGGCACUACGCGAGCAAGAGAUGGAGGCUUUGCAGGAGAGCGUGGCGACUCAGACGUGCGACACACCACCGCAGGAUGUCGAAAAGCAUACGUUAGAUGUUGGACCAACGACAGAAGACACAAAGGCGGAACGUGGGGUCGGAAAGAAGACACCUCGUAAGGGCAGGCUGUUGCACAAGUCCAACCGUCAAGUGGACGACAGCUCCGCAUCCGAGACUAGCGACAACGAGAGCUCAAGCGAUUCUGACCAAAGUAGUGAAGAUGAGAAACUCAAGGAGAAAAAAAGGCUGAAGAAGAUUAGAGCGGCGAUUGCACAAGCAGAAGUCAGAAAGAGGAAGAAGCAGAAGCAAAAGGAGAAGCUGAAGGAGAGAAUGAGGAGCAAGAAACACAAGAGCAAAAAGCACGAAUCAACCGACGAAGAUGAGAGCUCGGUCGACUCUUCUGAAUCCGAAUCGGAUUCGGAUUCAGAGGACGCCCGUAAGAAGAGCAAGCGUGUGCAAAGAUCGAGCGACUCCGACUCCGACUCGGAAGAUCUAUCAGCAGAGUAUAGCAGUGACCUGGGCACUGAGGACCAGAGUGCCAAACGGAAAAAGGCAAGGGCAAAGGCAAAGCGGAGCAGUAGGAAGACAAAAAAGAAGCUUGACAAAUAUUCGUCGUCUUCGGAAUCACUCUCUAGCGACGAUGAGGCCGUUCCAGUGCCCGGCUCUCCGCCAGACGUUCAUGUGGUAGAAGAUGACCUCGAAGCGCAAGUGGCGACGAUCAGUGGCCUUUUGCAUCGCCUCAAGGCCAAGCAAGCCUGUGUAGACGCGGCGGCUGUGUCGAUUCCCAAAGUGGAGAAAAUAGUGGGCAAAAAGGGGCUAGAGUUCAAGCGGGUGGACCAGGUGUUUGACAUGCAGAUCCACGACUGGAAGCUUGUCGAAAGCAGCCGUGAUCAGAAGGGUGAGUUUGACUGCGUAUUCACGGUGCGGCGGCGUCUCGACUGGCAAGGCAAGUAUAUUGAAACUCGAGUGGAUAUCAAAUCGAAGACUCUGCGGAACACGCUUCAAGAAGUGUUGAAGGACUGCAAAAGCAUUAGUCUUGUCGAGGAUACGCCCCAACUGGAUCCCCGCACACUGUUCCACUAUUACGAUGAGAUGAAGACGCAUGUCAAGAAGACGCUGAAACGGCAGCUUGGAAAAGCCAAGAGGCCGAAAGAGCGCAAGCGUCUUAAGCAGCAGGUUGUGCAGUGCAAGUUGCUGCUCAGCUAUGUGGACGAGGACUUUGGCGCUACUCGUAAAGCUCUGAAGCCCAUGGUCAAAGCAGGCACUAUUACGUACGAUCUGGUAUGGGCGCUCUUCAAGCCCAACACCAUUGCCUUUACACCUACGUACAACAACAAGGACGAUGCGCGGUGCUUUAGGGUGGGAACAGCAUACGAGGCAGAAAACUGGUUGACGGGCGUCAAGUCGUGGCGUGUUGAUGGCAAGUACCUCGAAUAUGACGGCAAAUCGUUUGGUCUUGGGGAACACGAAGUAUCGAUCCCGGCGUUCAAGGGGCACAAGAAGAUUACCAGUCUUGCUGUAUAUCCACUCAAGUACCACAAGGAUGCCAAGGGGAUCAAGAAGCAGCUGAUCGAGCGGGGCAAGAAGUUUGUCGCGCUCCAGGGCAUGAACUACCGGGUCCAAAAGGGGAUUGCGUAUAUGAAGCACAAGAAUAGCAUCGUGCGCUUCAUUGUUAAUGGUCGGGUCAUGGUUGAUCCUGCCAUGUUCCGCCGCAUGAACCCAAACUACCCGCUCUCAUACCUCCGGCCAGAUGAGCUAGCUGAUAAUGAGGAUGAGGAUGACGACGAUGACGAAGAGUGCUGCUGCGACUCCAGUGGAGAUGAGGAUGACGAAGAAAAGGAAAAAAUGCGCAUCGUCAUGUGGAAGGACAAGAGGGGUAGGAAACACCCUAUCCGAGUGUCACAGAGCGUCGUGGACAAGGAAAUGGGUACCGGUACUGAACAGCUGCUUGGCAGAGAUGAGGAUGCAACGGAAGAGCAACGUCAAGUCCUGACUGAAGAGGAACUCAUCAUCGCAUCACCGGUCGUGCUGGGCUUUGCCUUUUCCGAGAAGCUCUGGCUCGAAUUUUCUCUAUCGGGAAUUGAGGAGAUCAAGUGGAAUGAGGAAGCAUUUUCCAGUCUGGUGCUGCCGAGCCAGAUCAAGCAGAAUCUCAAGGGCCUGGUAUCUUCGCAUCGGUUCCACGCAGCCAAGACAAUUGACGAUGUGAUCCAGGGCAAGGGCAAGGGUCUCAACGUGGUGCUGCAUGGCCCGCCUGGGGUGGGUAAGACACUGACUGGGGAAUCAAUUGCCGAGUAUCUGCAGUGUCCGCUGUACGCAGUGUCUGCAGGGGAGCUGGGGACCAACAGCCGGGCGUUGGAAGCGGACCUGAACCGCAUCAUGGAGAUUACGCAUUCAUGGGGCGCCAUCCUGCUGCUGGACGAGGCGGACGUGUUUCUCGAGGCGCGGCAGCCAAACGACCUGCAUCGUAACUCGCUGGUGUCGGUGUUCCUGCGGCUGACCGAGUACUACCAGGGCAUCUUGUUCCUGACGACGAACCGGGUCGAGACUUUUGACGAGGCGUUCCAGUCGAGGAUCCACAUGGGGAUUCGGUAUGAAGAGCUGACUGCACGGGCCAGGAGGGAGAUCUGGCAGCAGCACGUGGGCAGGGUGGAGAGGAUGAAGGGGAGCCAGGGAAUGAAGGCGUUCACAGAAGCCGACUUUGACAUGCUAAGCCAGAGGGUGCUGAAUGGGCGACAGAUCAAGAACACAGUCAAGACAUCGCAGGCGAUUGCGGUGGCUGAGCAGAGUGCGUUUAGCAUGGAGCACGUCAAGCGGGUGUUGGAGGCUGGGGAGGCAUUUGACGACGAUAUGCGAGGGGGAAAGGGGUACCGGGAUGCGAUGCGGCAGUACACGUGA